UGAAAUCAAGCAGUCAAAGUGAAAACAUAUAACUCAAGCGAGCGAGAAAUAAGAAAAAGUGACAGUUGAAAAUUGAGAAAAAUUAAAGAAAUAUUCGGAAAGUAUUCAAAAAUUAAAUAAAGGAAAAGCUCAUUUAAAUCAUCUACCAAAAGCGUGAAAAACCGAACAAAAAUGCCAGCUAUUGGAAUCGAUUUGGGCACCACGUACUCCUGCGUGGGCGUCUUCCAGCAUGGAAAGGUGGAGAUCAUCGCGAAUGACCAGGGCAACCGCACCACACCAUCCUACGUGGCCUUCACGGACUCGGAGCGCCUGAUUGGAGACGCGGCCAAGAACCAGGUGGCCAUGAAUCCGCGCAACUCGGUCUUCGAUGCCAAGCGUCUAAUUGGACGUCGCUUCGAUGAUCCCAAGAUCCAGGAGGACAUGAAGCACUGGCCCUUCCGCGUGGCCAACGACAAUGGCAAGCCCAAGAUGAGCGUGGAGUUCAAGGGCGAGCAAAAGAGCUUUGCUCCGGAGGAGAUUAGCUCCAUGGUGUUGACGAAGAUGAAGGAAACAGCUGAAGCUUAUCUAGGCUCUACUGUCAAGGAUGCGGUGAUUACAGUGCCCGCCUACUUCAAUGACUCCCAGCGCCAGGCCACCAAGGAUGCGGGCGCCAUUGCUGGUCUGAAUGUGCUCCGGAUUAUCAACGAACCCACUGCCGCAGCUUUGGCCUAUGGACUGGACAAGAAUCUCAAGGGAGAGCGCAAUGUGCUGAUCUUUGAUCUAGGUGGAGGAACCUUCGAUGUCUCUAUCCUAACUAUAGAUGAAGGUUCCCUAUUCGAGGUGCGUUCCACAGCUGGAGAUACCCACCUGGGUGGCGAGGACUUCGACAACAGGUUGGUCAACCAUUUGGCCGAGGAGUUCAAGCGCAAAUACAAGAAGGAUCUGCGUGGUAAUCCGCGUGCCUUGCGACGCCUGCGCACUGCCGCCGAGCGGGCCAAGAGGACGCUCUCCUCCAGCACAGAGGCUUCCCUGGAGAUCGACGCCUUGUUCGAGGGCCACGACUUCUAUUCCAAGGUGAGCCGCGCCAGGUUCGAGGAGCUGUGCGGCGAUCUCUUCCGCAACACGUUGCAGCCGGUGGAGAAGGCGCUGAACGACGCCAAGAUGGACAAGAGUCAGAUCCACGACAUCGUUCUCGUUGGAGGCUCCACACGCAUUCCCAAAGUUCAAAGCCUGCUGCAGAGUUUCUUCGGGGGAAAGAGCCUCAACUUGUCCAUUAAUCCGGAUGAGGCUGUGGCCUAUGGAGCUGCCAUCCAGGCGGCCAUUCUCUCGGGCGACGAGAGCAGUCAAAUCAAGGAUGUCCUGCUCGUCGAUGUGGCUCCACUCUCGCUGGGCAUUGAGACCGCCGGCGGCGUGAUGACCAAGCUGAUCGAGCGGAAUAGUCGCAUCCCCUGCAAGCAGUCCAAGACCUUCACCACCUACGCGGACAACCAGCCGGCGGUUACCAUCCAGGUUUUCGAGGGCGAGAGAGCUCUGACCAGGGACAACAACGUGCUGGGCAACUUCAACCUGACGGGCAUUCCGCCGGCGCCACGAGGAGUGCCCAAGAUCGAUGUCACCUUCGAUUUGGAUGCCAAUGGCAUUCUGAAUGUUACGGCCAAGGAGCAGGGCACUGGCAUUGCCAAGAACAUCACCAUCAAGAACGACAAGGGACGUCUGUCCCAAGCGGACAUUGAUCGCAUGCUCAGCGAGGCGGAGAAGUAUGCCGAGGAGGAUGAGCGCCACCGCCAGCGGAUCGCCGCCCGCAACCAACUGGAGGGCUAUGUCUUUGGCGUCAAGGAGGCCGCCGAACAGGCCGGCGAUCGCAUCAGUGCGGCGGAUAAGUCAAGUGUGUUGAAGCGCUGCAGCGAGACGGUCAAGUGGCUGGACGGGAACACCACCGCCGAGAAGGAGGAGUACGAGCACAAGCUGAAGGAGCUCACCCAGUUCUGCAGCCCCAUUAUGACCAAGAUGCACCAGCAGGCAGCUGGAGGAGGAGAUGGUGGACAGCAGGCCGGCGGCCACAAGGGUCCCACCGUCGAGGAGGUGGACUAAGUCACAGCCAAGUUCCAUUAGUGUAGAUCUCAUAAUCUCAUGAUAUUCUUCUGGUCAAAAUACUAAGAUUAUUUUAGUUAGAAUAUGCUACUGGGUAGUAAUUUAAUAAAUAUUAUUUAUGACUUGCCAAACCAUA